AUGAAGAAAUUUACACAAUUAUGCGAUGCCCAAAAAGAUAUCCACCACGUUCUGUCAGAUCUGAAGAGCCAGUUGGAGGAACCAACACGUCCUAAUAGAUUGGCAGUCAUGGAAAGGACGCUCGAGGAAAAAUAUGGAAACUUCCGUAAAAAUCACGAAGUUAUAAUAACUCAGUUUGGCACAUUCGGUGACUACCAGAACAGCGAAGUAGUCUCAUCAAUGCCGCAAUUGGUGAUGGACAUCCGCAAAUUAAUUGAAAAGAUGAGAAAGAAAAACGCUGAAACUGAAGGUAUGCAGUCUGAAGAUGAGAGCUGUUUCAAAGACGAAACGGAAAAUAGACUAGUGGUGGCAGAUAACAGUAACAAUCUUGAAAUUGAAACAACAAAGCGUAUCCACGACAAUGAAGAAAGGGAUGCAAUGAAUGAAUUGCUAAUCUCUCCAAAGCCGAGUCAGAAGGAGGCUACGGCAAGGAAAAUGGUAGUGACGGCGAGUACAAAAGACGAGGGGACUUCAAAUCUCAGUAAAAAGGCUGGGGAAAGAAGGGAUGCGGCUAUGGAGCCAUAUUCCCAAGAAGACGAAUCGAUCGAAGGCUCGGCACUGACCAAGUACGAGGUGGAGACAAGAGGUCUGCUACAACAUAUGGAACAGACCAUGGAUAUGAUGGAUUGCCUUCAAACAGAAGAUGAGCUGGAUAAUGCGUAUAAAUUCACCGAAGGUCUUAUAAAUGCCGCUGAAAAGGAGGUCAGAUUCGACUCGGAUAUUGCGGCUCAAUGGAGACAGUUAUUAAUGAAGAAAUCAAUUAGAGCAGCAGAAAUCAGACAGACUCAACCGAAAAAAGCAGAAAAGGUCGAUAGGCCUUAUACAAUAAUAAAUAAAAAAGAAAUUGAAGUUCCUACAUUCAUGGGAAAUAUAAGUGAAUGGGAAUCAUUUCAUGACUUAUUUAAAAGCCUAGUGCACGACGCACCAUACUACACCAACGUGGAAAAAAUGCAUAGGCUGAAAGCGGCUGUAAAAGGAGAAGCGAGCCGCAUAAUUCAACAUCUUCGAACCCAAGAUAGCGAUUAUGAAGAGGCGUUGGAAUUAUUGAAGGAAAGGUACGAAAAUCGAAGAGUACUUUUCAACAAAUUGGUUGACGCAAUUUUGGAUCAACCAUCAAUGGACACCGAGUCAACAAACAGCGUGAAGCAGAUGCUAGAUACUACCAAAAACAGUAUUCAAGGGCUUAAGUCAAUGAAGAUACCUUUGGAAAAUACAGCUACAUUCUUCGCCAGAGUCAUCCUAAGGAAAUUUGACAAAAAUGGUUUGCGAUUAUACGAACAACAGAUAAAGAAGCCAAGAGAAAUCCAGAAACUCGAAGAUGUGAUCCAGUUUUUAGAGCAACAAUUUUUAGCGUUAGAAGCAGCAGGGGACUCGUUGGUGGCAAAGAAAGAAUUUAAAUUCGAAAAAAGAGUCAAUCAAAUGCAGGAGUCUUGUCAUGUCUGCAAUGGAGUGGGACACAAAAUGUUUGACUGCAGAAAGUAUUUAGAAAUGACACCAAUCGAAAGAAAAAACAAAGCUAAAGAGAUUCAAAUGUGCUACUUCUGUUUGAAUCACAAAACUGAUAAAAAGUGUCUCAGCUACAAGCGGUGUCAAACGUGUAAUGGACGACAUCAUACACUACUACACGUGAACGAACAAAAAGGCAUAAAAAAGGCAGAGACGAAAAAAGAUUCCAGCGGUUCAAAAGCAACGAUGGUGACACAGGAGAAUCAUUCAACUGUAUUGCUAGCAACAGCACAAGUGAAAGUGCGGGCAAUAAGCGGAGAAUAUGUGAUAAUGAGAGCUAUUAUCGACCAAGGAUCUCAAGUGACGUCGGUGUCAGAGGAAGCCGCUCAAAUUUUGGGACUCCCGAGGAUCAGAAAUAACACCGUGAUUCAUGGCCUUGGCAGUACACCCGUUGGGGUCUCAAAAUACAAAGUUAAGUUGGAUAUGAAACCUCGAUUUCUGAGUAAUGAUGUCUUCCGCACAGAAGCGUUAGUUCUGCCAACAGUGAUGAGUGCACAGCCAGAAGAAUCAUUCGAAACCAGUAUGGAAGAAUGGAACAACUAUACGCUAGCAGAUCCUUUAUUUAAUAAAUGCGACAGAGUAGAUUUGAUCAUUGGCGGCGACCUUUAUUCUGAAAUAAUGGAAGAAGGUCAAGUGAAAGAUAAAGGACCUUUUGCGCAAAAAACAAAACUGGGAUGGAUCUUGUCUGGUAAAGUUCAGCUCAAAGAUAAAUCCAGAAGAUUUCAUUCGGCAGUGACAAACUUGGAAAGGUUCUGGGAGUUGGAGGAGGUGGACACACCAUCAAGUAUGACGAUCGAAGAUGACUGGUGCAUGCAAACGUACAAUGAAACGACGGUGGUGGAAGAUGAAGGAAGAAUAGUGGUGUCAUUACCACUGAAAGAUGACAAAUCCCUUGGUGAUUCGAAAGGUCUGGCAAUUGCAAGAUUAUUGUCAAUAGAAAAGAAGCUACGUCGUAAUCCAAAUCUUGAUGAAAGCUACAAAAAAUUUAUGAAGGAGUACGAAGAGUUGGGCCAUAUGGAAAAGGUGUCAGCAGCAGUUGAAGGGAAGUACUACUUACCGCAUCAUUCAGUGGUAAGAGAAGGAAGUAUAACUACGAAAGUACGAGUAGUCUUCGAUGCAUCGGCAAAAUCAACAAAUGGCAAGAGCUUGAAUGACAUUAUGUACACGGGACCUAAGUUGCAAAGGGACAUAUUUGACAUCAUGCUACAAUGGCGUAUGUGGCGUUACGUGAUAACAGCGGACGUAGAGAAGAUGUACCGUCAAAUAAAAGUGCAUCCAGCUGAUCAGGAGUAUCAGUAUAUAUUGUAG